AUGAACACACUCAUGUUAUUCACUCUCUUACUUUCUGUUGCGCUUUCAGAAGACCUGAUGCUCUAUGAUGACGGCGAGUUCUAUGAGGGCUUCUACGUUGUCAACCCGGACAACCUUGACAUCACUUGUGAGUAUACAAAACGCUCUAACUGGGUUGCAGCUACAAUGAAUACUGAAGAUAUGGUUGUCUUUACUAAAAACGGGACUGUGAGCACUACAGUUCCUGAUAAAGACAAGGACUUUAAAUCAAUUCGAUUUAUGGUCAGAUAUGAAAAUGAUGACGUCAAGGAACUCCCACUGAAUGUGAAAUUGUUCAAUGAGAAUUUCGACACCCUUUACAACGGCAAUCUUCUCAACUCAACAGCUGGCUACACCGUUAAGAUCAAAAAGAACAACAACCAAAAGAUGACCAUUAAGCUUGAUAAUUUCAACUUGGACGGAAAACUCUCGACCAUUGUCUUCACCCGAACUGGAUCAAACAAGACCCCCGUCAAAUUCUUCUUUGACCAAGUCAGACUCGACACCAGAGAUUCACAGAACGAGCUCUAUGACCAGUCAACAGAGAACGCAGCUCCAUCUUUGAUGUUUGGAACUCUUGUUCUUGCCACUUUCUUUUUCAUCUUGGUCUAA